AUGUCUCAACUUCGAAACCGUGUCAGAACUGAGACAGAAUUUAAGCUAGUAGUACGCAUUAAGGCAAGGGAUGCAAGGGAAAGGUUCGUAGCGAAACGUGUUUGCGUCGAUGUAGAUGAAGAAUAUGUUGAUGCAACAAGCACAGAAAGCGAAUCAGACGAUUUAUUAGAACCGAGUAGACCCUCGAACUCAAAUAGACGCUUUGGUCGUACACGCAAGUGUGCAACGGGUAGCCAAAUUAUUGGAGAUAAGAAACAGGAAUCAAGUGACUCUGAAGAGAAUAAAGUGGAGUAA